AGAAAGAGGCAGAGUCAGGUUUUAUAAAAGCCUGGGAAAACAGAUCAGAGAAAGUCUAAAAUGGCAAGUGAGCAAAGAAAAGCAAAGGGGCGCUUUAGCUGGGAUUGCCUCGGAGAGCCCCUUUAAAUAGAGGCUGAAUGCGUUCACGCAGAAAAAAGCUCUGAAAAGGGAGCAAAGCGGCACAGAGCUUCUGGUUUUUAUUUUUUUUAUUCCCCCACCCCCCACCCCCUAAGAUUACAUAUCGCAGACGGCCGGUGAUCGUGUGCAGGAAGCUUCUUUGCACUGAAAGAUCAGCAACACAGCUGUGUAAGCAUUAGAGAACAGAGAAGCUGCAGUUUUGCCCAUCUCACUCUGCUGGACUGGUGCCUUGUGACCCUGGGAUGAGUCUUCAGAAUGGGGAUUUGCCAGGGCAGUCUUCCAAAAUCCACUAAACCUUUGAAGCAUGAACUAAAAGAAAAGUUGAAAGACUCUAUCAUCAUCUUUAUGAUAGGAGGUCCUGGCUCUGGUAAAGACGUGCAGAGUAUCCGGCUAGCUAGCAAAUACGACUUCUCCCAUGUGGCUAUUGGAGAGCUGCUGUGGGAAGAAGCCAGCAGAAAUACUAGCAAAAGCAAAGCCAUUAGGGACAUCCUGAUGAAAGGGGCUUUGGUGCCCUCGGGCUACGUCUUGGAACUGCUGACAGACAAGAUGUUAAAAGCUGAAAAUGUCAAAGGAUUCUUUAUUGAAGGCUUUCCCCGAGAAAUCAAUCAAGCCAAGCUGUUUGAGGAAGUUGUGGGACGUUUGCCCAACAUUGUUAUAGUGUUUGACUGUUCUACAGAGACUAUGAUCCAGAGGCUGAUGAUCAGAAGCCAGCUGGGCCAAAGAGUGAAUAACAAUGAGAAAACUAUCCGGCAGCAGCUUGAGACUCACUAUACGCUGUGUGAUCCUGUCCUCACCUACUACCUGCAGAGAAGCAUACUCCGGAAUAUCCUUGGGGAGGAACCCCCAGAAGUAGUCUUUGCCAAGUGCUGCAGUGUUGUUGAUGAUGUGAUAAAAGCAGCUACCUCUGUGGUAUAGCUAUUUAGUUCUACAGAAAAAUAAAAAAAUAAAAAGCUCUGGUCUAUUAGCAUGCCUUCCUCAGAACUCUCUUUUUU